AGACACGCUUGAUAUUCCUGGCAGUAACUAUACUACAGAAGCCACUUUAGUUGCCAAGCUUAACCUAGGUAGGCAGUGCUUGAGCUUGGGUGAUGUUGCCAGCCAGCCUAGCCUCAACGUCUGUUAUGAAGAACAUCUAUACCAUGGCAUAAGAUUCACCUGCGGCUGUAAUGCGUUCAUUGCACCGCUCGUUAGCAUAUGGCUCCCGGCGGCACCCUUUGCCUUUAUGCCCAUUCCACCGGCCUGGUCAUCGCAAGGCCGUCACAACACACGCCAGAGCGCCCGUCGUUCAAGAAGUUGGUGCAGGUGUAAACGCAUCGCCACUUCGCACGCAUCAGGUACAACUUGCCUGGACACAACCGCAGCACCAGUUGCCGCAUCAGCAGGCCGGGAGCGGAGGAGAUGCGCAGCCGAAGCACUUCCAGCGGCAGGACGGGACGGCGGCGGUUGGUUCACCCGGGACAGCCGCUGAGCUCAUGCAUCGGAUCAAAGGAGCCCGGAGCUGGCAGCAGUUGCAGUCCAUUGUGGAGGAGGACGCAAACCGCAUGAACCACCUGCACAUCAGCGCGGUCGUGACGCAUAUGGCACAGCUGCACACAAGCAGUAGCGGACUGGACAAUUUUAGCAGUCACAGUAGUUCCGAUGGCAGCCACAUACCGGCACGCGGACGAAGCGAAGGCGGGGAACCCAGCCCUAGUGGGCAGGAUGCCCACGGCACACAGAUUCUGACGGGAGACUACGUAGAAAGGAGUGGUAGCGGCUCGCUCGUAGGGACAUCUCGGAGCUUGGGAUCCACGACCGGUCCCGGCGGCAGUGAUCAUCCACAGCAGCAACCACACCAACCGGGUGGGUUGCGGCAGCCGUUAGGCUCAUCCUCAAGCAGUUCGCAGCGUCUAAACAGGCAAUGCGACACUAAAGCCCCGCAUUUAUCUCCCUCAAAGCACCGGCAGCAACAGCAGCUACCAGAGCAGCGCGGCUCCCGACUGCCGGCCAAAGCGCCGCGUGGCCAAGCCCCAUUCCUCCAACGCUUGGAGCAGGAGGUCUUAGCCCGUCUGCCCUACUUCCAGGGCCGGCAGCUGGCCAACACGCUGUGGGCCGUAGCGAAGCUAGGCCACCGACCGUCGCGCAGAUGGCUAGCCGCCGUGUUGACGCGGGCGCGUGCGCAGCUGUCCACGUUCGAGCCGCAGCACCUUGCGAACACACUCUACGCGCUGAUGUUGCUGCAAUUCAUGCCUCCUGGAGUCUGGGUAGCGGAUUUCUUCCAGGCAGUGUCCCGGCGGCUGCACGGGUUUGCGCCAGCUGAGCUGGCGCACUUGUGCUACGCCGCUGGCAAGUUGCGGCUGCACCCGGGGCGGUCGCUGGUGGGAGGCGUGCUGGCGCAUUGCAGAGCCCAUAUGGAGCGGUACGGCAUGCGCGAGCUCGCGCUUUUGCUGUAUGGUGUCGUUCGUAUGGGCGGAACGGCAGAUGUGUACUGGUUGCGCUCCUUUCGCAUCUGCCUGCUGGGCCGCAUCAUUGAGUCUGGCACGCUGUCGCCGAGGUUCCUACAGCGGCUUGGGCCGCGGCUGAACCAUCCGCUGGCACAGGUGGUAGACGCACAACUGCGCAGGCAACAGGAACAGCAGGAGCAGCCUCAGCGGCAGCGGGCCCAGGAGGGCUCAUCCUGUGUGGCAGACGGGAGAAGCUGGGGAGGCAGGACGCACCGACCUGCAGGCUCGGCAGUGGCAGCAGCACCGCAGGCAGCAGCGCUAGCAUCGUAUUUGCCAAUGGUAAUUCUUAGCCUCGGCAAUUUGGCGUAUCAGCCGCCGCCAGCGUUCAUGGUCGUGGUCCUAGUGGCGAUUGGCGGCAGCGCGGAUCGGCUCAACCCUGUGGGACUUUGUAGCUUGCUGAUGGGCCUGGCGUAUAUGCAGUACAAGCCGCAUCCCCAGUGGUUUCGGGGCAUGUGGGAUCUCGUAAUGCAGAACCUGGGCGCUCUCGACAAGCAGCAGUGUGCCAACGUUCUCUGGGCGGCGGCGCGCCUCGGCUGCAGCGUGCCUUUCCGCGACGUGGACGCCAUCCUUACGCGGGUAGCUUCACAGCUGCCAGACCACACGGAUGCAGAGAUCUUGGCGCUUCUGCAGGCGGUUGCCAGCUUGGGCUUCAAGCCCCGGCUCGACUGGAUAGAGCUCCUGGGCGGGCACCUUUACAAACGGCUGCCGCGCAUGCGGCCGUUUGAGGUGACGGCGGUACUGCAGCACAUGGCGGAUUUGGGACACAAGCCGCACCGUGUCUGGCUGGCGCGGUGGGUCGAGGUGCUGCUGCCGAACAUGCAGGUGCUCAGUCUCACGCAGCUCGCAACUGCAGCACACGCUGCUGCACAGCUUGGCUUCCGACCACCGGCGGGCAUGCUGGAGGCGCUGCUACACGCUGCGGCCGCGCGCAUGUCGGCGGUGCUCGAAGCUGCAGGUUCGGAAGCUACUGCCGCAGGUGCAGCUGUGGAUCAAGCGCAUGCGGCACGGCAACACCCACGUUUUGGGAUUAGGCAGCAGCAAUCGCAGCCGCACACGCCGAGGCACUCUUCGCAGCCUGUCAGGACGCAGCUGGCCAAUAGCCUUGACGGUGGCGUUGCGCUACGGCGCCUACCCGUUACGCUGUCUCGCCUGUUGUGGGCGCUCGCUGUCCUUGACGUGCGGCCGAAUGGCGAGUGGAUGGCGCACUACAUGGCUUGCUUGCGGAUAGCUCUGGACGACUGCAGCGCACGGGAGCUCUCCCUGGUGGUAUGGGCCCUGGUACGGCUGCGGUACGACCCGGGACCCGAGUGGAUGGCAGCUUUUCAGCAACGUGCUGGGCAUGCUGCCGCUGGGGCUUGCGCGCCUGCUGGCGUGGGGGAGGCUAAUGCGGGUGAUGGACCGGCAGGGGCACAGGAAGCGCAGGCACGUGCUGGGAGCAGGGUUCUUGGCGAACCGUUGGGGGGCGUGGUAGCAGGGCCGGGUGAGGACAAUGCUGCCACGUCGGUCAUGGCCGCGACGUCAGGCACGACCCAUGGGUCGAAGCCUGGUGCUGGAGUGUCGGACCGCGGUGCAGGCAGUACCCGGCCACCGUAUUAUGACGGUGGCACGGCGCCUCCCCUGGACUUCAGCCGCAUCAUCCUUCAGGGCAUUACCGCAUGGGCAUCGCGGCAGCUGGAGGGCACCACGCCGCUGCCACUGCUAGCGGCUGCGCCCGCAAGCUGACCGUCAAGAUGACCGUUCGUUGUGCAUUAGCCAUUCAUGACGUAGUAUAGUUCUAGAGAGGACGUGAGUUGCUGUGAGUUUACAUGUAGGGUGUGAAGUUGUAUCAUGGAUGUUGUAUAGGCAGACGUUCUUGCAGGUUGAGUGGAAAGGGUUUGAUGCGUGACAGCCCGCCAGCUGUGUGCCGGGACAAUCCGGGUUACGACAGAGAUGUUCGUGUUGAGUGGGGAGAGUGAACGUGUACAGCACUGUCGUUUUGGCGUUGCUCGCGUAGGCCCGUAACGCUUGGAAGGGAAGCAGACGUAGUAGCUCAUGAACCGUAUUUUGGGCUGGGACAUGCCGGCUUAUAAGCCACAAGCAAGAAGCACUGCCCAAGUGUGCUUACAUGAGCGCAGUAAACGGCAACGGUUAAAAUUACGACAAGACGUAAAUACUACUGGCAGACCACUGCGUAUCGGACUUGGAACGAGUCUGGGCAUUGGCCGUCUGCAGGGACUUUAAACACUCGGCAUCCCUGCAAACUUUCGCCACGCACGGGAGAG